AUGGACGAAACAACAGUGGAUGAAGACGCAGCAGCAGGUCCAUCUCGGGAAUGUGCUAACCCGUGGCCACACCUCGCAAGACUAUUUGAAUUUUCAGAAGAAAUUAAUGAUAGUUUUCGCUUCAAGUGUUUGCUGUGCUUACCGAAACAGAAUUUUAUCAACGCCUACAAGAAUUCAUCCUACAACUUGCGGAAGCAUGUUAAGAGAAGACAUGAGACACAUCUGGAGGAAUACUGUCGAAUUACUUCAACAGCCUGUAAGAGGCCAUCAGAAGGUGGAACAGGUUCCAAGACGAAACAACUGAAGCUGCUGGAGACCAAGCAGGUGUCUCAGAAGACGGUUGAUCGGGCUAUCCUCCGCUUCAUCGUUCAAGGUCUCCAGUCCUUCUCCCUGGUUGAGAAACCAUCCUUCCAAGACCUUAUUGUAGAAUUACAACCGAGUAGUACCGUCAUGUCCCGCACAACUGUGCGUCGCAAGAUUGAUUCAGCUACAUCUAAAAUGAAAGAAUGUCUCAAAAGCGAAAUGAAAAAGGCACCACACAUUGCCACCACUACUGAUUGUUGGACGGCCAGGAGAAGGAGCUUUAUAGGUGUAACAGCCCACUGGCUCGAUCCUUGCAGUUUUGAACGUCGUUCAGCUGCCCUUGCUUGCCGUCAACUAAGGGGCUCCCACACAUUCGAUGCCUUGGCAGCUGUUUUGACCGACAUUCAUGCGGAGUAUGAAAUAAGUCUAAAGGUUGUUAGAACUACAACAGACAACGGGUCGAAUUUCGUCAAAGCGUUCCGUGUCUUUGGUCAGCAGGACGAAAAUAACAACGAAGAGUUAAUUGCAGAAGGCACAAUCGAAGAAGAAGAAGUAGGAGAAGAUUGUGAUGCAUCUGAUGGUGAAGAGGAGGUGGAAUUCAUGGAUGUGGAAGCCAUUCUGGAGGAAGAUGAUGGGCUUCAGUAUCAGCUGCCAAAACAUCAUCGGUGUGCAUGCCAUUUACUAAAUUUGGUUUCCACAGUCGAUGUUGAUCGGGCUAAUAAGACAGAAGCUUACAAGAAGUUGUCCAGAUCAGCUUUUUCUAAAUGUCAGGCACUCUGGAAUAAAGCAUCAAGGUCUCCUCAAAAUGCAGAGCUUAUAGAGCAACACUGUAAGCUUCACUUGGUACAGCCUAAUUCAACUCGAUGGAACUCCUCUUUCAUGGCCGUGGAACGUGUGGUCAGAAUCAUUAGAGACCAAGGAGAGGGGUCUGUGAGAACGGUCUGUGCUGCACUCAAUGUUCCAAUGUACAGUCCGGCUGACAUAGCCUUUUUAGGGGAAUAUGUCACCACCAUGAGUCCAGUUGCGAAGUCUUUGAACAUACUACAAGGAGAAGUCAACAUUCAGAUGGGCUGGCUGCUCCCGACAAUCACCACCCUCACAACCAAGCUUGAAAAGACCAGACCGUCACUCAGAUUUUGCAAGCCACUUGUUGAUGCUCUUCUUGAAGGUUUGAGGAAGCGUUUUGAGAGCAUGAUGUCAGAGCCAGAGCUAAUUGCAGCAGCCAUUCUGGUUCCAAGGUUUAAAACCUCCUGGACCAGCAAUGACACAGUCCUACAGCUUGGCCUUAGUUACAUCAAGGAACAUCUGUCAGAACACAAUGAAGGUCUUCGGUCUCCUGAUACCACAUCAACCUCUUCUGAUGAAGAUGACUUCUUCACCAAUGUCAAGCAGACGCAUUCCCAUGAGAUAAGUAAACAACUUGAUGGAUACCUAGCCGCUACAGCUGAAGGAGUGAAUACACUGACCCCCUAUCCAGCUGUGCGUAACCUCUCACUAAAGCUCAACACAGCCCUGCCAGCUUCAGCUGCGUGUGAAAGGCUUUUUAGCGUAGCAGGUUUGCUUUUCACCCCAAGAAGGGGAUCAAUUCAUUCACAGAAUUUUGAGAACCAACUUCUCCUCAAGUUAAACAAGGACUUCAUGAUAUUUGAUUGAAUUGAAGUACACACACACACAAACACACACACACACACACACACACGCACGCACACACACACACACACCCAGAUGUCACACAUAGAUUGUGUCUGAAUGUGAGAAUGGUGUUAUUCAGCUGAAAGUUUUUUCUCCUGCCUUUCCUGUAUGUCAAUGUGAGAGGAAGGGGCUUAAUACUGCCAAUCAAAUGAGCAGAAUUUUUUUUUUGUAAGCUGAGCAUUUGCUUUGAUGUUCUUGAGUAAGCGGUCUGUUUUACACAGUCAAGUUCAAAGUGGGUGCAAAAAAAUCUAUUAAAACUUUAGCCGAAGUUUGUCGGAGCGUUGCCAUUGUUCUUUUGCCUUGUGUGCAAGUGAGAAAUGUUAAAUAAAGCAACAUGGUCAAAAGAUGAAAAUGACUUGAUUUUACUUUGAAUUCCUUUUACAUUCUACAAGGUAUUAACACUAAAAUGUUUCAUAACUCUAUGUAGGACGUUUCUGUACAUAAAUGUAAGCACUGUGGCAGUAGUAAUACAAUAUUUAGAAAAUUUACUCUUGUACUCUUUAUACUCAAGUACUUUUAAAAACAAGUACUUAUGUACUUUUACUUAAGUAGACAUCUGACUGUAGUACUUUUACUUGUACUUGAGUAAAAUUUAGCAAGGGGUACUUUUACUUUUACUCAAGUACUGAAGCUGUGUACUCUGUCCGCC